AUGGCGGCGGGAGCGGCGACUGCGGGCCGGCUGUUGAGGCUUCGUGCAGCCGGGGCCGGGGGACGCUGGCGUCGGCUGCGGGGCGCGGGGGUGCCGCGGGGCUUCCUGCAGCCCGCCUCGGCCGGCGAGGAUACGGCCCAGAGUCGGCGGGUGGCUCACUUCACUUUCCAGCCCGACCCGGAGCCCCUGGAGUACGGGCAAACUCAGAAAAUGAAUCUUUUCCAGGCAGUAACAAGUGCCUUGGAUAACUCAUUGGCUAAAGAUCCUACUGCAGUAAUAUUUGGUGAAGAUGUUGCCUUUGGUGGAGUCUUUAGAUGUACUGUUGGCUUGCGAGACAAAUAUGGAAAAGAUAGAGUUUUUAACACUCCAUUGUGUGAACAAGGAAUUGUUGGAUUUGGAAUUGGAAUUGCAGUCACUGGUGCCACCGCCAUUGCAGAAAUUCAGUUUGCAGAUUAUAUUUUCCCUGCUUUUGAUCAGAUUGUUAAUGAAGCUGCCAAGUACCGCUAUCGCUCUGGGGAUCUUUUUAAUUGUGGAAGCCUCACCAUCCGGUCCCCUUGGGGCUGCGUUGGCCAUGGGGCUCUCUACCAUUCUCAGAGUCCGGAAGCUUUUUUUGCCCACUGCCCAGGAAUCAAGGUGGUUGUACCCAGAAGCCCUUUCCAGGCCAAAGGACUUCUUUUGUCAUGCAUAGAGGAUAAAAAUCCUUGUAUAUUUUUUGAACCUAAAAUACUUUACCGGGCAGCAGUGGAACAGGUUCCUGUGGAACCGUACAGCAUCCCCCUGUCCCGGGCGGAAGUCAUCCAGGAAGGGAGCGAUGUUACUCUCAUUGCCUGGGGCACUCAGGUUCAUGUGAUCCGAGAGGUGGCUUCCAUGGCUCAAGAAAAGCUUGGAGUGUCUUGUGAAGUCAUUGAUCUGAGGACUAUAAUACCUUGGGAUGUGGAUACAGUUUGCAAGUCUGUGAUCAAAACAGGGCGCCUGCUGAUCAGUCACGAGGCUCCCUUGACGGGCGGCUUUGCUUCAGAGAUCAGCUCCACAGUUCAGGAAGAAUGUUUCCUGAAUCUAGAGGCUCCUAUAUCAAGAGUAUGUGGGUAUGACACGCCGUUUCCCCAUAUUUUUGAGCCAUUCUACAUCCCAGACAAAUGGAAGUGCUAUGACGCCCUUCGAAAAAUGAUCAACUACUGACCCCAUAG